GCCAACAGAGCUUUGAGUCUCGCUCUCUCUCUCCGAUUCACACCUUAUGUUUGAGCUUCAGCGACUGGGUCGAAGCAGGGAAGAGAGAGAGAGAGAGAAUGGGCAUGCCAGCGAGUCUUGCGGGUCGCCCAUUCUCGACACGUUUGGGUCCGACGCCAUCUUCGCCGUCGCGGUGCUCUCCGCAGCUCGAUGCUCGCCAUUGGGUGGGGAGAACUCUCGGUCUUGGUCUGAAUAGACCGGUUGUCGGCGGUGGAGCGCGAGGUAGGAGGCGGAGAAAGAGGAGCGGAAGGUCUGACAUCGUGGUGGCGGCGUCGGGCAAUGUGGCGGCGCCGUCCUGGGAUAGCUGGAAGCCCGACAAGGCUCCGCCGGCGCCCUCUCUCAGCGACAUCGCUUGGCCUGCCGCUGGGGCAUUUGCUGCAAUGGCGAUAUUUGGAAAGAUGGAUCAAAUUUUAGCACCAAAAGGGAUUUCAACUUCAAUUGCUCCUCUAGGUUCUGUUUGUGCAGUCCUCUUCGCUACCCCCUCUUCCCCUGCUGCUCGGAAAUAUAACGUGUUCAUGGCUCACAUAGGAUGUGCGGCCAUUGGUGUGCUUGCAUUUUCCAUUUUUGGGCCAGGUUGGCUUGCUCGGAGCACGGGUCUCGCUGCAUCUAUUGCUUUCAUGAUCUAUACUCGUUCAACACAUCCACCGGCUGCGAGCUUGCCAAUAUUGUUCAUUGAUGCUGCCAAGUUGCACCACUUGAACUUUUGGUAUGCCCUGUUCCCGAGUGCUACCGGUUGCAUUGUGCUCUGCCUAAUUCAAGAGAUGGUUUGUUUCUUAAAGGAGAAGGUGAAAUUCUGACUUGUACAUGGAAGAGGAAUUCUUAACUUCGCGAAGCUAGACCUGCACGGAAAGGAAGACCAGGAAAUCUGUACAGAGCUUUUAUACCUAAAUCAACUCGAUUCCAGCCGAGAGAAAAGCCCCCGCCGAGGCUCGUUCAGUCAGCAACACAAGGCAAGGUGGUGUUUCGCAUUGUCUGUACAGACUAUAGAUGAUGGGGUAGACGAUGUUGUAAGCAAGGCGAAUGACCUCCUCUGGCUCAAUCCAUGAGUUUCUCUGAUGAAUGCAAAUUGGUGGAGUGAGUGUGAACUUCGAA